AUGUAUUGUUUUCUUCGCCAUACUCGCUAUUCUCUUGCACUAAGCAAGAUUUACUUGCCCACAUCUCGUCAGUUCGUCUUUUCUUUUAAUAAAACUUCCAAUAAAUUAAGUUUUUCUUCUGCAGCUGAAAAUAUUGACCAAGCUCUUGUCAACCUAGAAGCGCACUUAGAAGAAUGUGUAUAUAAAGAUAAAGUUUCAAAAUUCAAAGAGCUUCUUACAAUUCAAAACCAAUACUUGGUUCUGAAAAAAGAUAAUGAAUUGAUACAGAAAGAUAAUAAAUUGAUACAAAAAGAUAAUGAAUUGAUACAGAAAGUGGCAGAUCUAAAGGAUAUUCUGAGGAAACAAGAUAAAGAUUUUGCUUUAUUCGCAACAAAAGCA